AAUUUUAUGGCGAUGUACGGAGCAAUGAAAAUCAACGUCGCGCAGGUAGGUGUGCUGUGCACAUUCCCGCGCGGGUUUACUACACGUUAAAGCUGAAGCGGAGGAGAGGCCAAUUAUCAAUUACUACUACUACUGCUUCUUGCUCAUCACCUCUUUUGCAAUCAUUGUCCUUCUUUUAACCUCUACUAUCAUCCUUUGCUCUCAUCAUGCCCACCUUUUCCUUCUCCCCGCCGUCAAAUCCAUCGGAAACUCGCCGGACGUAGUGCUUUUCAUUAGCUCUUCGUCUUUGGAGCAUCCCCACCAAGCUAGCUAUCUAGCUAACUUCAGGAUAAACGUUGUAAAAUCUUGUGGUGGCAUGGAGAUGAGAAACCAUGGGUCUGAAUUUCAUGUGGUGCAGCAAAGCAGGCGUGAUAAGCUGAGAAACCAAAACACCUCAUCAACACCAUCACAGCACAUGGGCGAUUAUCGUGCCAAUUUAGAGCAGCUGUCUUUGCACAACGUGGAUCUUGUUCAUCUUCCUGGCUGGCGAUAUGGAAACCACAUUUCUUGCGAUAAUUCUUCGUCAUCAGACAUGCUUAAUUUUGGCUCAAACCCACAUUCUGUAGUGUUGAACAAAGAUAAUAAUAAUAAUGCUUCGUUUCCCAGUUUGGGAGAGGCAGUUAAAGGCAGUGGUGACCCACAAAACUGUGGCACUUGGAAAAGCUGUAAUGUUGAUCAUUCCCAGAAAAUUGGCUCUGUUUGGAGUGGUGUUGCUAAUUAUUCAAGUGGAUCAGCUGGCAUUGCUGGCAACCUUAGUCCGAUGUUUGUCGGGGAAAACUUGUCUGGUUGUUUGAGGCUAAACAAUGAUGUUCCUGUUUCUGGAAUUGAUGUGAAGAGUAGUUACUUUGGAUAUCAAGAAUUGACCAAUCCAUCUAGUGACACUUGUGGUCAGUUUAAGGAUCUGCAGACUCUUCAAGAAGUUGUUGCUUCUGCUGCUGUUGGAACCCGAGAGCUCGAGAUGCUGCAGAACGCGAGGGGAACAGAACGAAGCUCGUGGUUGUUGCCCGGUGAAGAAGACGAAACCCGUCUUCUCCCCACUUAUGUGGAUCAGUCUAGCCAGUUGUUUGUCAAUACUAAUGCUGCUAGCUUGGUAAAUAGUGCAGUUCAGUGGAAUGGGGAACUCGAGAGAGAUAAUAGAGCGAUUGAAAACGAGGCUUCGAAUACACAGGCCUUGUCUUUGUCCCUUUCCUCAGUUGGGGAGAGGAUCGGUAGUAGCAUGCCUGAUUUGAAGCCCUUGAAAUCUGACCACUUGUGUUCAUACCCGAAACAAGGCAGUAAAGCGUUGGGGAACGCUGCUCGUCAAGACAUGAUUGGGAAUUUAACUUUUACUCAUCGAGAUUUGGUGCCUCUUGGUCCUUUCACGGGCUAUGCAACCAUUCUUAAAAGUUCGAGAUUUCUAAGGCCAGCACAACAGCUGCUCUAUGAAUUCUGCAACUUAACUACUGGUGACAAAGCCCUUAACUUGUCGGAGGUCUCUGGGAAUAAUGUUAUGGAUCAUGAAGUUGGGAUUUGUAGUGAGGGUGUCAAUGCAACUCCACGCAGUGGCGGUGGAUCUCUGGCUGUUGAUUCCGGUGCCUCAUCUUCAACGUUUUAUAGCUCAAACGAGAAGAGCAGCCACGAGUUUAGAGGCAUAGUGAGCAGCUCGAAUGAAUCCUACCAUCGGCCUGAAUAUCUGCAAAACAAAGUCAAGCUGUUAUACAUGCAGGACGAGGUUUGCAGAAGGUACAGGCAGUACCAUCAGCAGAUGCAGAUGGUGGUAUCUUCCUUCGAGUCAGUGGCUGGUCUUAGCGCAGCCACCCCUUACAUCUCGGUGGCGUUGAAGGCAGUCUCGCGCCAGUUUCGUUGUUUCAAGAGCACGAUAUCAAACCAGCUCAGGAGCAUAAGGAAGGCGUUGGGAGAAGACGUGCUGUCUCCCACCGCGGGGGCGAGCAGCAGCAAGAGGGAUGCAGCUGGAACCCCCUCGGGCUUGAACUUCAUCGACCAGACCUUGCAAAACCAGAAUGGCAGCGGGGAAAGGCUGCACUAUUUGGAGCCUCAAACGCACGUUUGGAGGCCACAACGAGGCCUGCCUGAGCGGGCUGUGGCUAUUCUUAGAGCUUGGCUUUUCGACCAUUUCCUGCACCCGUAUCCAACAGACACAGACAAGCAUAUGUUGGCCUCCCAAACUGGCUUGACUAGGAACCAGGUUUCAAACUGGUUCAUCAAUGCUCGAGUGAGAGUUUGGAAGCCGAUGGUAGAAGAAAUUCACAUGCUCGAGACCAAAGCAAUGGUAGAAAAGGGAUCAAAUGUGGGAAAAGCAGACGGGGAGCUGGGAACACAAGGCGCCAGCCAGCAGCACUUGAACAGGCGGCUCAGCCUCCUUAACGAAAGACAGUUGUUGAACGCGAGGGGAAUGUCAGACAUGGCAGCAGCAGAAGAAUGCCCCCCCGGGAUCAGCCCAUCAUCAGCAGCUACCAUCAUCAGGGAAAAAUCGUACCAGGACAAGCGGUCCAGGAUCGACUGUGGGCUUCCCGUUGGUGCCAUGGACAGACCGCUGAUGGGUUUCAUGCCUUACCAGCAAAACAGCCUCGAAAUUGGGGGGCUUGGAGCUGUGUCAUUGACACUGGGACUCAGACAAAGCAUCGAGGGCGCCCAACAGCAACAACAACAGCAACAGCAAAUGCAGCAGUUUGGAGGUCAGAUAAUUCGCGACUUUGCGGGCUAAAAUGUUAGAGAGCUGGAAUGGCCAUCAACCCACACGAAAGAAAGAUUGAUGAUGAAGUUAAUAACAAAGUACAGGUUAAGGGCCUGUGAUAUGAAGGAUUCAUGUAAUGCAUAAGAAGAAAUGUUAAUUAAACUCAGGCACUCAGCCCAUUUUCAUCUUUCAAGUGUAUGAUAAAUGACAGGAAACAUCAAAUGGGAAUUACAGAAGAUAUGGAUACGUUAUAUAAACUUGGAAUGCCAAGCCUCUCAAUCUUUAUC